CCGGGAACGCGUUUGUAAAGUGCAUGAGGGUGACCGCUCCGCGCUUGCCGUAGUCGAGGCCCACUGGGGAUGACGUUUCCGAGCGAGUUGACGCGCGGAGUCCAUCGCCGCCUCCUCCUCCUCGCGACGCCUUGACUACUUCUGACGCCCCCACGCCCAAGAUGGCCGAGCCAGAGGGGACGUUUCACGACGAGGUGGAGAUCGAGGACUUUGAGUUCGACGAGGAGACGGACACCUACUACUACCCGUGCCCAUGCGGCGACCGCUUCGCCAUCAGCAAGGAGGACCUGGAGAAUGGAGAGGACGUCGCCACGUGCCCCAGCUGCUCCCUGCUCGUGCGAGUCGUUUACGACAAGGACCUGUUCAUGAAGGGCGAGGUGGUGGCGGCACCGGCGCCGGCCGCCAAGUCGUUGCACGCGGCGUGACGGAGGAAUGCGCGGAACUAUGGCCGGCAGACUCCCCCGGGGUGUGACGAGCGAGGACGCGGGACCUGCCCCGGCACGCCCUGCGGGUCCAUAUGAAGCAUCGUAGAAGGAGCAUGCUCGCUCGCGUCAGGAUGCUUGCGCCGCUUGGGGGUCGGGGGGAGGCGGGGAGGGACUUGCCUGCUGCUGCUGCUGCUCGCGAUACACAGAGGUCACGCGCCGUCGUCUCCUCUUGCUGCUUCCGGCAUCGCCGAGUCUCGGACCGCUGCACGCGCACAAACCUGGAAGAGUUGAGAUGCAACCCACAAAUGCGCGCAAGCAGUUUUUAUUUAUGCUCGUUGAUUUCAGCUAACGCGGAUCAUUGUUCUGGAAAGUGUCCGUAUGCUUAAAGUCGAUUCAACUCGGCGGUUUACAUGGGACGUGCUGUAAUACAGAUAUGACGGGAUGAUGAUGAUGUUAAUUGGUACAGGUGCCAUUGCCCAGCGCCCCACGCAUACGCCAACUCCACUCCUACCCAACGAGUUUGGCUCGCAGAGUUUUAGGGUCCGGUUGUGUCAGCGCAUCUCUCUGUAGAGACUUGCUGUAGCGUCUGGAAGUAACCGUUCAAACACAACACGACUUUGAGCAUUUGCGUCGGACCGCGUCUGCCGUUUUAUAAAUUCAAAUUUCUCGACCUGUGCGUAUAUAUAACUGUUGAGUGUCCCCGUUCAACGUUUCCGUGUCACAUUUGUCCAUUUGCAGCGUCUUUAUUUGUAUUACUGUAGGAAGUCGGCAGGUUCUCUGCUGCCAAUUGAGUGUGGGCAGUGGCCACUGAUUGAGGAUUUUGGCAUUUUUGGAGAUUGGCAGCUUCCUGAUGUUGGCGAGCACCUCUGCACUUUCCUAUAAUCACAGCUACGUGUAGCACCGGUACGCAAUGCCAUUCACAGGCACCGCGGGUCUACCGAUCAUGAUCGGAGCAAGAAAUCUCUGCUCAAACAUUACUGUGUUCAUAUUGUGGACAGGAAUUCAAGUCAUGACAAGGGACCCAUAGAGCCAAGUGCAGCUGAGGAGUAAGUGGAGGUAGCGGUUGAUCCAUCGGCACAGCCUUGCAUUCAAAUAUCAGAAAAUGUAAAAAGUGUACACGUACGCAAUUGACAAGGGGGCGUUUCAGCUGUGUGUGAUCGAGAAGAGACAGGGACUGACGGAUGAGUAAUUACAUUUUCAACGGAACGUGCAAGAAAUUUUGAUCUUGGUUCUUUCGGUAAAGUCACGUAGAAGGGAAAUGAUAAAAUAAAAUAAAAUUUACAUAAUAAAAUACAAUUCUCACGACGUUUCGGACACAAUGCAAGCAGCCGUCCUCAGGUGAAGAACAGGUCUGUCGGAAAGACAGCGUCUGAAUUUCAUUUUAUUAUUUCCCUUCUACGUGACUUUACUGAAAGAACCAAGAAGAUGAAUCCCUGCAGUCACGAAAGCUUUAAAUCGAAAUAAAAUAAAUUUUGAGUGAAGAGAUGCGUUUCCCGAUGAGUGUGCCUCUCUGCACGAGCAGAGCUGCCGCUGGCUAGGUCAGGCCAGCCCCACACUCCAGCACCACCACAGUCCCGCGUUCAUCACAACAUACUGCCGGUCUGCAAUGACGUAAUGUGUAUACACUCAUUAAUUAGCCGAUAACACCUGAAUAUAUAGAGCAGCGGUUCUCAGCCGGGGGUACGUGAUGAGGUGAUUCAUAAAUGUGUGAAAUUAUAUCAUGCAUGAGAGUCAUUGGUGAAUAAUCAUAUACGAAUCUGCCAAUAAAAUAAUGUUGAUACAUUUUAAAUCCAUAUAGUAACCUAGAACUAUAUAGAAGACCGUUCUAAACUCUUUGAUCGUACACAAUGUGGUUUCCCAGAGUAACCAGCGAGCGUGAACAAAUGACGUCACGCAUCCAGCGCGUCUGUUGGUUUUGUUUUUAUUCGUUUGCAGUUCCUAGCUCGUUAGGAUACCUCACAAAAUGGACAAUUGGUGAAAAUAUUUCUGUUCAUUAUUAAUCAAUGUAUUUCUCCGAACCGUGUUGGGUCGGGCGAGGGGGUUACUUGGUUGAAAAUAAAUUCAGCAAGGGGGGUAGAGUAGCUCAACAAGGUUGAGAACCACCACCGCACUAGAGGACGGCAGAGCUUGGACAGUUGUUGGCACCGACUCACUACGUGGCUGCCUUCACCGCUUGUCUGUGGUUCCUCGUCUCGCCCCCCAAUCGUUCUCUCUCUCUACGAGAGCGGGGAGCGGAUACCGUGCGGCGCAUUACAAGUUCAAAUGAUUAUUAAAUGUGCAUUUAAUUGGGAGCAUUGUGGCGAGUUUGUGUGGGCGUGCGCCCUGGAAGUUAGAGAGCCCUUUUGCUUGGGGAAGGGCUUGAGAGGAGUGAUCCAAAGGCUGGGCCUAGCGCAGGGCUGGGCAACCUGCGGCUCUAGAGGUGAGUGCGGCUCCUCAAGGGCUGCCUCACGACGUCAUCUAUUAAGGACCACUGCCUCGCGUACUCACCGCGUGUGCAUUGCAACUCUCAAAAUGUUGAGGGUUUGUUUUAAACGAAUUUGAAAACAACGUCCCUUGUUGUUUUGGUUGCCAACCCCUGGUCUAGACGGUCAUUCUCACUUCAGUGAGCUGCCUCAGGUUUUAUUUACUUGACAUGAACUCUACACGUAGCUUUAAAUCUUUUCAUUCCACAAGCUGGUCGUGGUGGUCUGCAAUGUUUAAUUUUCUUUUUUCGUUGCAACAGUUUCGAUAUUUAUCACUGAAGGGCUCCGUCACGUGCAGGCGAAGUAGUGCUCGGACUGUGGGCGUUGUUUCAUAUUUUCAACUUGACGACAAUUAAGUCCGUGAUAAAAACGCAGCUCGAGCGAUGCUUGUGUCUAGGUUCGAGAAAGUCCGGUUGUAAUUGAUGAAUAAAAUAGUGCUUCUGCAGGUAGCCGAGUGUGCCUUGUUUCAUAACCUGUGUGUGGGACGGUUCGGAGCGUGUAGGGAAAGGGCACGGUUUAGAGUUCCAGUCGGCAGAAUGUUAAUAAUUUGCGACGAUGCGAACCACCAAUGAUUACCACCGCACGGACUUCCCACGCACGUCCGUGUGGAACUGGCACCGCAUACCGCGAGAGAUUGGAAAAGUUUUGCGGAGCUGCAGAAUGUGAUGGCAUUCCAGACUGCCCCAACAGUCUGGAAACGCCGUCCCUCUGCACAUUCGCAGCAUCACCUCCAUCGUCUCCUUCAAGAGACACUUACAAAUUCACCUCUACAGCCACGCUUUCGAAUGACUGAGCUUGACUCACCUAGUGUGUUGGGAGUACGGUCCGCGGAAGAAGAUCUCACAAAACUGCCUCUGUGAUCGGCGCUUGGCUCUUGUCAUUGCAAAGGGGCCACUGCACUUUCCCAAGCAGCCUGCUGUUGGAAUCGCAAUCGUGUCAACUCAUAAUGCGCAGCCGCCCAUCAUCUGCUCGCUCUCGUAGAGAGAGAACGACUCGGGAGGCACGAGGAGGAACCACGGAAGGGCGGGAAGGCAGUCGACCAGCCGGAGGCGCCGGCGCUAUCGACAAUUGCCCAAGCUCUACGAUCCUCUAAAAAUGUUUUCAGCCACUUAAUGAAUGUUUACAUGUGGGAGAAAACCCGAACGCCCGGAGUAAUCCAACGCGCGCGAGCCGAACACGCGAACCCAUGCCGGUGGAACAGGCGGAGGCUACGUUUUGCCGUGCCGCAUUGUCCUGGCGAGCCCAGAGUACGACACCACCUCGACACCCGCAGUAAGGGAGUCGCUCAACAUCGGUGUACGGUGAUCCACCAGCCCAGCUCGCUGCUGCCUCCUGGAUUACAGUCAGCCACAUGCAGCAUGGCCACCACCAACGCCACCUGGCUGAUUGUUCAUCACGUGGCAGUUCAACUGGUAUUUGUUGAUCCUGAAGUUCCGGAAUUGAGUUAAUGUAAUUAAUUGAUGACCAGCCUGAGGUCGUGAACUCGCGUGCCCCGAAGGGCCUGGCUUCAUCCAGGUUGAGCACGGGAUCCGUGGGGUGCCGGCCCGGCUCCCUGACCUAGAGGCCACAGUGGUGAGAUGUUAACUAACUCACCUGGUAUGCAGGAGGUCGUGGGUUUGAUUCCGACCCUGACAUCUCCUGCUGUAUAUUUGCAGCUUGCUUGUCUCUCCCCAUGGUCGUGUGGAUUUUUCUCCGGGUCGUCCGGUUUUUCUCUUUACAUUUAGAAUCAACAUACAUGUUGAUAAUAUUUGGCUGAUAUAAAUUUCCACGUGAUAAGCCACCUCACUGGGCUAUCAUAUGUGGUCAGGUUGCUUCUGCAAAAAAGUUGCAUAGCUCAGUGGGCCUUACCUGGGAAAGUAAAAUAGUUUAGUUUGAUUUCGAUUUAAAGCUUUCGUGACU